ACUGAGUUGAAUAUUUUUAAUCUUGAAUAUUUUUUUGUUUUACGUGUUAUACUAUGGUAGCAUUCAACAAAGAAACAAAAGUGCUACAUCACGAUAUCUCUUAAAUGCCCAGUUUUCCUUUAAACCUUCUUCUGCGUGUUUCUGCAAAAUGUUUAUGAUGACUGUAAACGAGAACACAGCUGAAUUUUAAAAAAAUGCAUGAAAUUGAUAGUGAUGAAAGGGGUUUACCUAAUACGAUGAUUUUAGAUUCUUAUCCUACACACACACACACAAAGUACUUGAAGCAAAUCGAAACGUGCGUUAAUUCCCAUGUAUGCAAGCAAUUUGUCCUAAACCCAGAGCUCAACAUCUGUAAUACCACGGAAAUUACACAACACAUGGCUAGCCGGUUAUUUUCAUUUUAGUUAAUAGCAACAUGUUUUGAAAAGGAAACUCCCAUAUCUCUAAAGGAUUUAUAAACGUUCCGGAGCAUUAGAAUAUACAACAGAUGAACGCAACAAUGCUGCCCAGGGUCUGCAAGUAUUGUAAGUAAAACAUUUUUCGCUCAUGUUUCAGUUCGUUUAUUUCUAAUAAAUGAAAAUACUUCCAUAAUAUAUUGUUACGUGUGGCGUUUUGUUACAGAUUUGGCCGUCAACAUUCUGUGCUUUGCUUUGAUGUUGCGAAGUAGCAUCGCCGGUCCGGUCGGAGCGCGUAAAUCGCCAUUGCGACUCACAGAAACGUGCAGUGCGCUCGCACGCUCUCUGCUCUGGAACGUGUCAGCGGUGCUUGAGAGGGACCACUUGUUCAGCGGGUUUGACUGCGCACAGCAAAACGCAGAGGUGCACCUCAGGACGCAAACGGUGUCUGCUUGCAUACCACAACAGAACUCCAAAUGCACGCACAGUCCUGUUCUAAAUAUUGAUGAGAAUGAAUGCCUACAGAGAAUUCUAGAAGAUCUCCACUACUAUCGGGAGACAUUUAGAGCAUACUCCAACCCGGAGCUCACCAAAACUGUAGUGAAGAGCAUUGAUGAACUCAUGCAGAACUGCUUCUCUGUCUCUGUGGUGGACAACUCUCCGCCCAAGGCAUUCAUGGAUCAUCAAAAAUCGUUUAAAGAACGACUGCAGCUGUGCAAAGUCUUAAAAGGUUUCAACCUUCGAACAAUAACAAUAAACCGUGUUUUCAGCUACAUUUUGUCCAAAUAGCAAACUAGUAGUUGUUACAGGCCAAGCACCUUUUAGUUUACUGUUAUUAAAUGCAAUGAUUAUUUAUUACUAAGUUAUUUAUUGUAUUGUAACAUUAUUUAUUUAUACAGUAAUUUAUGCUAUUUUAUUUUUUGUGAACUUCUGGUUUGUUUCCUGCUGUUUUAUUAAA